UCUCAGCCAACGUCCGCCUUCUAUCUCAUCAGCGAGCAGGUCGCGGGUUCGCGCUGCCGUGGACUCUAGAUGAGUCGUUGUUGGACGUGGAGGGAGGUAUCGGGAUUCGCCCCUCGUGAAAGGGGACGGACGAGAGUAGGACGCGGGAGGAGGUCGAGGAUCGGAGACGUUCAUGGCUGCGAGACCCAUGUGGGUCCAGAGCUCCUCCGGGUGAUGUGGGCGAUAUUUUCAGGACUCGAGCCGCCACAUUGCACCCGUACCCUCAAGACGACAGUGAUUCCGAGGGUCACGAGAACGAGGACGAGGACGAGGACGAGCCGGCGGGGCCCGCUAGCACCACUCCUGCGGCGGAUGAGCGUGAUGAGUGAAGCGACCCAGAGGACGUCCGUAGACGGAGUGACGGAGAUGACCUUUUCAUUCAGAACGCAGGAGCUCGCCCGUCUUGUGGCCGAGGACCGACAGAGGCAGUUGGGGACAUUUACGGCGGCGUCUGUUGACGCGGGGCCAGCUGCCCAUACGGAUACUCCGGCAGAGGUUCACGACACGACGCAGCGGGAGGCAGCUUUGGCAGAGGUUUCGAGUACGGGAGUGGAUGUCCAGCAGGGGACGCACGAGAGCGGGUUGGCACCGACAGAGGAGCCACGUUCGGAGCCGGCGCAGCAUCCUGCCAUGGAGCGGAGGCCAGAGGAGACAUUGAAGGAGGUCGCAGGCGUGCCUCUGCCUGUGGGUUCAGUCGAGGGUGCCGUGCAUAUGUCCCCGGGUCUGGAGGACAUACCGACGGGGCAGUCAGUGGGCGUUGAUGAUAUUCGCCCAUCGGCACAGGCGGAGGGGAUAGCGCCGACCACCGGGGGGGACAGGGCCGUAGCGGGGACCGUUGGUAUGUCACCGACUUUGGUGGUUCGCACUGCUGUGGGGCCAGUGGUGCCACAUCAGGCACCGUUUUUGGAGGGUUUUAGGCGUCCUGCACAUGGCGAUGGCCUGGUCGAGGAGCGACGUGUAGGCAGGGGCGCGUGCAUACCCCCGGUCCCUACUUUUGCGCCGUCACGGACGAGGCCGGAGAUUAGGCAUGUGGCUACGCCUCGAGGCAGCCUCCCUUUUGGUUUUAUGACCGCUGAGGAGUUGGAGGACCAUGGCAGGAGGGAUUUGACGGAGAUCGACCAGUGCGUUUUGAGGUCAGUCCCAGGGGAGGGGAAGUUGCCUCAUGUGCAGGACUUAUCUUGGGGGCCAGCCAGCCCCAGCUUACCUUCUGGGUGUUCCGUCGCAGCGCCAUCUGGCGGGGCUGCAGGGGGCUUACCUUCUGGAGGUUCCGUCGCAGCGGCAUCGGGCGGGGUCGCAGGGGACUUACCUUCUGGAGGUUCGGUCGCAGCGCCAUCUGGAGGCGCCGCAGGCCCUUCGUCACCCUUGAGCGCAGCUCCGAGGGAGGGCGGCAGCCUCACCCCGAGGUCAGUUGCCCGUAGACGGAGAGACAUUACCCAGCGUGCGCGGGAGUUGUUGGACACCAUGUUGUUCGGUCGCACAGAUCGACCAUGGAGUGAGACGAGACGGGUGACGACGGCGAGUGCCGGUCGUCAGCCAGGUUUGAUAGGGGUUUCCACGAGCGCGAGACGUCGAGAUGUUGUAGCUGCAGGGUUUGGCGGUAGAGGGGGUGGCGGCGAUGGCAGUGGUGGUGACGGUGAUGACAGACGUGAGGGUGCAGGCAGUGCCACGACGAGCGCAGUGGAUCCGCCGCGGACGUACGGUUUGAGAGAGGCGUCGAUUAUUUUGGAGGAGCCUGAUGUUGUUACACGACUGAGGCAGACCCAACACGUGCCCUUAGAUCGACGCCAGGAGGGGGAGACUUCAGGGACUGACGGUCUGCCUAUGGCACGCGAGGCACACCGACGUGAUGACCUAGCAGCAGCAGCCAUCAGGACGGUGAGAGGCAGGAGAGUCAUUAUGGACGACGAUCCCGACGAGCUUCCCGUCACUCCCGAGCCUCCCGCUGGCGGACGAGGCGGCCAGCGUCAGAGAGAUCGAGAAGGCGGCAGGGGUCGGUCCCACGGAGGAGUUUCUCAUCGGUCCCAGCGAGAUCCGCGUGUGCACGACGAUCGUUGACGGAUUAUGGACUUGCAUUUUCGUGACUUUCUCAGUGUACUUUAGUUUGUUGUUAUCCAUGACAGACGUAG